AUCGGCGUUCUGCCCGAGGUCCCUCAUUAUGUCCGGAUAUUCCCGCAACACUCACAUUUUCUAGUCCCUUGCCAUAGCGUAGAAAUGGCUACAUAAAGCACUAGUUGCCGCCCUGUUCAACUGUCUUCUGACUUCGAUCUGGCUAAAAAUGGGGCAGGAAGAAGCACAUGACAUUGCAUUGCAAACACCAUCGCAAAGAUCAUCGAAAGGCAGCGUACAGGACAAGAAUGGCGAAGACGAGAUCAAGACGGCACAUGACGGGCCACGAAAAGACUUGAUCGAGCCGGAGAAAAAGCCUGGAGUUUCAACUGCCAUGUCAAAAGUGCAAGAGAAGACUCAAAACCCCUCGAAGCGCACAAAAGCCCUCAGAUUUCUUUCUUGGGUCAUCAAGGACCAAUGGCAGCUUCUUAUCAUGGGCAUGCUCAUUCUCAUUGCCUCCCAAGUUCAAGUCCCCGCCGCCCAACAACGUAAAAAGCGCACAGUAGUCACGUACCUCAGCGUCUCGGUUAUCUUCUUCAUCAACGGCUGCACGCUUGAAACACGCAUCUUGCUGCAAAACUACAAGCGCUGGAAAAUCCAUCUGUUUGUCCAGCUACAAUGCUUCCUCAUGUGUUCCGCGGCCACGUUCGCGCUUGUGAGCUUGUGUGCACUCAAUCCCAACUUCAUGGAUCCGUGGCUGCUGGUCGGAUUUCUGGUGUUGGGAUGUGCGCCGACGACAAUGAGUUCGAACGUGGUUAUGACGAGGCAGGCACAUGGCAACACGGCGCUCACGGUUGUACAAUCCGUCAUUGGGCAGUUCCUGUGUCCGUUCCUUACUCCGAUCAUUCUACAAAUGUAUCUCUCGAGCGGAGCCUGGUACGGCAAAGUGCUUAGUACUGCGACGGACAACUACGGCGAGAUCUACCGCCGUGUAUUCAUGCAGCUUGGUCUCUCGCUCUUCGUUCCCAUCCUCGCUGGCCAGGUGGUGCAGUACUUCUUCCCCAAGCAAACGAAGAAAGUCUUCUUUGGAUGGAAGCUGAUCAAGCUUUCUUCCAUCGCCCUUCUCACGCUCGUGUGGCAAACAUUCGACCAAGCCUUCCAGACCGGCGCUUUCACAGCCGUCGCCUCCUCAAAUAUCAUCUUCACUGUAUUCGUCUGCAUCGCAUUGUACUUUCUGUGGCUGGCGAUAUGUUUCCCUGCGGCGGUCUUCUGGAUGCCGAAGAAGGACGUCAUUGCGUGUUGUUACUGUUGUCCUGCGAAGGCGCUCGCUAUGGUUGUGCCGCUCACCUCGGUCAUGUACAUCGAUAUCAGCCCGAUCGAGCAGUCGAAGAUGCAGCUUCCUGCCAUUAUGUUUCAGGCUUUUCAAGUCUCUAUUGGUGGUCUUCUGACGAUCGCGUUUCGGAGGUGGAUCAGGCGUGAGGAAGAGCAAGCAGAACGCGAGAAGAACUUGGAAGCAGCAUUGGAUCAGUAGCAAUCAAAUGACGCUCACACGUUUUUUCCGCUCGACUAUGCUUACAAUGGCAAUAGUUCACACGCACUAAUGAAUUCGAUCAGGAUGUAUGGCUGGCAAGGCUCUGACUCACCAAUGGUGCAGAGUCGUGUCUGAGUUCAACCUGUUUUGCUUCCUCCUAGACAGUCUCUCACAGCAAAUGCGAUGUCUGAACGGGAAGCGCCGAUAUGCAGCAUGUCAACGUCACCAGCUCAACAAGAAUUAGAUGACUUUCUUCCUCCUCUUCCGACGUGCACUCUUGUCUAAGAACGUCGUUUUCUACCCUCGCUUACAAAAUAAGACGGCCCGAUUAAAGAAUACACUUUUGCAAACACAACGAUUGGUUCUGUGG